UCCUGGAAGAGUUAAGAGACAACUCCAAAGAAUGGCGGAUACUGUCCCAUGAAGAACAACUCCUCUCUCUCUCUCUCUCCAAUUGUGUAUAAUGGAAGCCCAAAUCAGUGUCUCUGAAACAGAGCUUCAUCCUGAGACUAUGGAUUUCGAUUCUCCAGCUACUUUUGAUGAGCUCAAUCUUCAUGAAGUAAUUAACAAAGGCUCAUUAGACUUUGACGAAUGGAUUUCACUUAUUAAAAAGAUCGAGAAAGUGUAUCCUGAUAAUAUCGAGAAGAUUUGCUUAGUUUAUGAUUCCUUCUUGUCUGAGUUUCCUUUGUGCCAUGGAUACUGGAGAAGGUAUGCUGAUCAUAAGGCCCGCUUGUGUGAUGUAGACGAGGUUGUUGAAGUUUUUGAAAGAGCUGUGCAAUCGGCAACAUAUUCUGUCGGUGUUUGGGUUGACUACUGUAACUUUAGUAUGUUGGCUUUCGAGGAUCCAUCUGAUAUUCGCAGAUUAUUUAGAAGAGGCAUGUCAUAUGUUGGUAAGGACUACUUAUGCCAUGCUUUAUGGGACAAAUACAUUGAAUUUGAGUUAUCUCAGCAGCAAUGGAGUUUGUUAGCCCAAAUUUACAUUGAAGCUCUUAGAUUUCCUACUAAAAAGUUACAUCGUUAUUAUGAUAGUUUUAAGAAGUUAGCUAACUUAUGUACCAAGGAGUUGGGAUGCGAAACUGUGGAUUCAUGGUCUGGAUCUUCUGCUGAAGAUGAAGUUCCUAAAAGUUAUAGGGCAGAUGCAAUUUCCUCUGUUAUCAAAGACCUAUUGGAGCCAUCUAUCAGCUUGACCAGGUCAAAAGCACUACUUCAGAAAUAUCUAUACAUCGGAGAGCACUUAUAUCAGGAAGCAUGUCAGGUGGAAGAAAAAAUUAGCACUUUUGAGAUGAAUAUAAGAAGGUCCUACUUCCAUGUCAAGUUUCUUGAUGUUGAUCAAUUAGAGAAUUGGCAUCACUAUCUGGACUUUGUUGGGAUGCAAAGGGAUUUCGACUGGGCUGUCAAACUUUAUGAGAGAUGUUUGAUUCCCUGUGCCAAUUACCCUGAGUUUUGGAUGCGUUAUGCGGAAUUCAUGGAAACAAAGGGAGGAAGAGAGAUUGCAACCUACGCUCUCAACCGAGCAACACAAAUUUUUCUUAAGAGAGUGCCAGCAAUGCAUCUUUUUAAUGCCAGAUUUAAAGAACGUGAAGGAGAUAUAAUUGGGGCACGCACUGCACUUCUUCAUUGUGACGGAGAGUCAGAUUCUAAUUUUGUAGAAAAUGUAGUAAGGAAGGCUAACAUGGAAAAGCGUCUGGGAAAUUUUGUAGCAGCUACUAAUAUGUAUGAAGAAGCACUGGCAAUGGCCGAACUGAAGAAAAUGAUGAAUACUCUUCCUAUUUUAUAUGUUCACUUUUCUAGACUUAAAUACAUGAGGCAUUAUUGCAUACAGAUCACUGAUAAUGCAGAUGCUGCAAGAGAUAUCUUAAUAGAAGGCAUCAAACGCUUGCCUAACUGCCGGUUACUUUUAGAGGAGUUAAUAAAUUUUGCAACUCUGCAUGGAGGGCAGCGUCACAUACAUGUGGUUGACUCUGUCAUAGCUAAUGUAAUAUCUCCAGGGUCAGAUGUGUCUCAAGGUUGGAAUGCCAAGGAUGCAGAGCAUGCUUCAAGCUUAUAUUUAAAGUUUGUGGACAGUUGUGGAACUAUUGAUGAGGUUCGGAAGGCUUGGAAUCGGCACGUACGGCUAUUUCCAGACUCUUUCAGGACAGCCUUUUAUGAGCAGUUAACUACACAUGAAAAGUCAUUGCAAUUGGAUAAAGAGGGAAGAGAGAUUAACAUUGUCACUAAGCAUCAACAGCCACCUGGAGAUUCCAAUCCUGGCUCUCUGGUCCGGAUGCCUUUACAAGACAAGGAAAUGUCAUUGUUAGAAAAUAGUGGUACCAGUAAGUCUGACCAGGAUUCCUCUAACCUGAAUAUAUCAGAGCAGAAGCUUGUAGCACAUGAGAUUCAUGAUAUUCAAUUUAAGCAAACCCCCACUAGUAACCAAUUUCCUCUUGAAGAAGCUGACAGAGGUUCGGGGGAGAAAGUGAUGUUGCCAGCUCGUAAAGUUACUGAGCAAUCCAAGAAAGAUUCCCCAGAAACAAAUGUAUCCUCUGUAGAGUUAGUAUCUUUUCCUAAGCAGCCAACAGAAGAUGCUACUACUGAAUUAAAUGCGCCUUCAUCAAGUUUAAAACAGGAAGUUGCUGAAGAAACCGAUUCUUUACGAACUUUAAAUGAAUACUCAACUGGAAAUGAUCACAAGCAAGAUUAUGACCGUGAACCUCAGCGAGAUAUGCAGCCACUUUCACUAGAGAGUCUUUCCUUACACAAUCAGGGAAAACCAUCAUCAGAUUCAAAAAAAAUUGUGUCUCCUGCGUUUGAAGCUCCUCAAGAAACCUGCAUUUCUAAUGAAAUUAUGGUAGAGAGCAAUCAGCUAAAUAAUGAUGAAGAUCAUCUUACGCACAGCCAAAGAAAGGCUGAAGAUUAUUCCCCUCAAAUUGAAAAUGAAGUAGUCAAUCCAUUAUCUUCCAGGAGCCAUCAAAACCCUACUUCAACAAAACCUAGAUAUCAGCAAAGUAGGCCUGCAAAUAGUGGAGGAAACUGGCACCGAAUAAAUAAUUAUGGCAAAGUUCGUAGAGAAUCAAAAUUUGGAUUUCGAGGGCAUCUACAAAAAUCACAUCAACACAAGCAAGGUUCUACACAACACCACCCACGAGCUGAAUUGAGCGGUCCAAUUCCUAUCAGUCAAGGUAUCCCAUCUCAAAGUGCAUCGCCACAAACCCAGCAGAUUCCGCAAGGAAGCCAAUCUCAAAUUCAAUUUCAAACAAUUCCUCCUCCUAAUAUACCGCCGCCGCCUCUUCCACCUGCUACCUGGCCUGUGCAAAAUAUGCCACAACCAAAUUAUGCAUCUUCACCUCAACCGGUACAAGGUAGUGGAGAGCAGGAAAUGCAAAACAGCCAAGCAUAUAAUCAAAUGUGGCAAUAUUAUUACUAUCAACAGCAAAUGUUAAUGCAACAACAGCCUCAGCAACAGCAUUUGCAUAUGUCACAAGAGUAUCAGCAACAAUAUACUCAGUGGCAACAGCAGCAAUACCUGUAUCAGCAGCAGCUUCAGCAGCAUCCUCCUCCGCAGCAGCAGCUUCCGCAACAACCUCAUCAGCUCUACAUGCAUCAAGUACCACAGCAACCACAGCAAGAACAAGCCAGACAAGACCAACAACAGCAGCAAAACACUCCAUCAAAUAUUCAGGAGUGGAAUCACAACAACUAUCAACAGGACAUGUCUUUGGAACUUGAUGGAAGUAAUCAAUCUGGGGCGGAACCAACAGCCACACAUAAUAUAGCAUCUCAUGAGGACCAAGCAAUGCCACCACUACAUACUUCUACUGCAAGAGAGACAAGUGAAAAUGUUAAAUCUCUAAAUUCCAACGAGCAAUCUCCGGCGAAACAAUGAGGUAUGUCAAGUCAAUGUGGGUGUGGGAUCACCAUCCAUUUUUUCUGCUCUUAACCUCUUAAUGUCUGAUGUAAGAAGGGAUUCAAAAACUUAUACAGAAAGGUGUUUUGGUAGAGAAGAAAAGAUGGGCCUUGCUUGGUGGUGUUAACACCUUUGAUUACUUUGUAAUCUCAUCACAUAUCAAUGAAAGAUGGUAGUUGCCUUC